AUGAACUUCAACCCUUACUUCCCCGGUACCGGUAUUGCUAUGGCCCGUGUCCUGUUCGACGGUGUUGUCGAGUACGAGGACGGUACCCCCGCCACCACCUCCCAGAUGGCCAAGGAUGUCGUCGAGUUCCUGAACUGGUCCGCCGAGCCCGAGAUGGACGAGCGCAAGAAGAUGGGUGUCAAGUCCGUUGCCCUCCUGACCGGUCUUUUCGCCAUCUCCGUCUGGGUCAAGCGCUACAAGUGGGCCCCUCUCAAGACCCGCAAGAUCGUGUACAGCCCCCCGAUCGGCCCCCGCCGUUAA